CCCAGUCACCAAUGCCACCGUCUGUUGGAGUGUCAACGGUUUCUCCCAUGUCACGGCACGACACUGAAGCUGGAAUGUCGCCUGAACCUUCGCUACGCUCCGAUUGUUCGCCACUCGUGCUGAGGGCUCCCAGCCUUCUCUCCGUGAAGCCAUCAGCUAGCCCUGCAAGUAAUUUAACAGACUCACCAGUUGUGGUGAAGUCUGAGUUUCCUGAUGACCAGGGGAAGGGUUCCAGCUUGUUUCCAACUCCAGCGGAGAUGAAUGGCCCCACAUUGUCGUCAAUGCCAUCCUCGUCAUCGGGCUACAGCACCUUUCUGGCCAGCAGUCAAGAAGGAUCUAACAGUUCUUCUCACCAGCAACCCAGUCUUCGCAGUCUGCUUACUUCACAGCAACAGCAGCAACUGCAGCACCAGCUUCCGCAACAGCAGCAACUGCAACACCAGCUACCGCAACAGCAGCAAGUUGAAUCGCAAGCUCGGAUACUCCAGGACCAAAUGCUGCAGUUGCAACAGCGUGAGCUGCAGCAGCAGCAGGAGCAGGAACUUCAGCGAGCAAUGCAGCAGCAGCAGCAGCGACAGCACCAAAUAGAAAAGCUGCAGUAUAGCAAUGGGGUUGGCGUCACGGACGAAGACUUGAAGCAGCUACAGUCACAACUUGGCCUGGGGACUGCUACUGCUCAAUGCAGUGGGUUGCACCCGUCUCUACAACAACCAGAAGCUUUGGGCAAUGUGUCUCUACCGUUGGACUUUGGUGUGAGCUCUGCAUCGGCACCCACAUCGCAUGGUGUUCCGUCUAGCGCUGGACAGACUUCAGUGACAUCAGAUCACAUGACCGGACCUAAUGAACAACAGCUGGCAUCAGAACUGUAUUCCUUACUCGACCCAGCCAAUGUGGCCAAUAUCAUGGAGAGGUCGCGCAAUGCUGAAGCUGUUCUCAAUACAUCUAUGCAGGCUGACGCCCAGCCAACAUCACGCCAGCUGCUAGGUGGUAACUCGCGGACAGGAGAGAUGGAUAUGUACAUAAGACAGCAGCUGGCGGCACAGAGGCAGCAGCUGCAGUCCGAAUACUUGCAGCCAGGUGUGAACUCACAAAGUCACGCUCAUCUCCGUCAACCCGAGAGAAUAAGCCAGGACCACCGAACGGAGCAACUCGAACGGGCAGAACAACUUCUACAGCUACUCCAGUCACCUUCUAGCGAGCACCAAGUCCAUUCGCACUCCGCUGAACAACGACAACAACAACAACAACAACAACAACAACAACAACAAGAACAACAACAACAACACCAACAGCAGCAGCAGCAGCAGCAGCAGCAACAGCAGCAGCAGCAGCAACAGCAGCAGCAGCAAUGGGAACAACAGCAGUACAAUUUGUUGCUAAGUUCCGUUGGAGCAAGUGGUCACGCUUUUCCAUCUCCGACUGCAACUGCAGCAGGCGCACGACCAGACGCGUAUCUGGCUUCGGCGUUCAAUAAUCAUCUAGCGACGAGGCACAGAGGUGGCUUUGCCGCCGCUUUACCUCGUGCUGGGACUGGUCAAGACCUGGGUGUGGGCAUGGCGGGAUUGCAGACGGACAUUGCAUCAACCCCUUUCCAGCAUCACGGGCAUGUUCAUGAAGCUCCUCUUGGACUGAGCGACAUUGAAGUUGAGCGGCUGGGUGCAGAGGCACUGCAAGGACAUGAGACGUGGAGCAGCACUGCUCCUAACACUGGCAUGCUACACAUCGCCAAUCCGGGACAACCUAGCCUCUCUGACCUUGGCAUGAUGCAGCAGCAGCAGCAACACACUACUAAUCCAAUAGUGCAUGCAGGUCAACAAGUUCAUGAUAAUCAACUACUGCCACAACAUCUGCAACUUGGUCAAAUAGCACAUAAUGCUGCGCUUGCAAAUCCUGUGUAUGAUCCGCAGUUACUGCACUCAACAAACAACAUACAGUAUGAGUCACUCCAGCAGCAGCUAGCGGCUACCAGUCCCAGCGGCCAGGGCUUGGGAGCAAGUAAGGCUGCAAUGUUCCAGUCUCCCGGCACCAAGACAUAGCUCACGGGACAGUCUAGACAAUGAUGUUGCGAAUUUCCGCCUUGUUCUAGUCGUUUGUCCAGUACCGGACUUCCCCGGUGUUCGUCUAGCUCUGGACUCCCCAAACGUUGGUCCAGCUCUAGACUCCCCGAACGUUGGUCCAGCUCUGGACUCCCCAAACGUUGGUCCAGCUCCGGACUCCCCAAAUUUUGAUCCAGCUUUGGACUUCCCAAAUACUUCGUCUAUCUCUGAAUGCUCUAUCUAAUCCUGUCACUAGGUCGUCUAGUGACUUAGAAAUGACUGGUCAGUGUAGAAAGUAUUUGAUUAAUUCUUCUUUUCAUCGGCUGCCGUAGCCUUUGUCGUCGUCAUCGGCGUCGACUUUGUACAUUUGGAUCAUCGUUGUUGAUUUGACGUCACUGUCGCAGUCGUCUUCGUUGAUGUAAUUUUCGUCGUUCUUUCCAUUCUAGUUGGAGUUGAUUUUUACGGCCAGAGCCGAUUGAUGCUUGAUGAGACACUCUGCUACGCAGAACUGAGUUUCGUUGUACGAGAGUAUUUCUUCCUCUAUUUUCAUUUCUUUGAUGUCCAUAGUGAUAUUGGUACUAUCUCCGUUCAAUGUUUAUGGCUGGCUUAGUACGCAGCAGCAGCAGCAGCAGCAGACAGCGCUAUCCCCCCCUCUCCCAAGUGAUAAUCCUUACCCACUAGUACAGAAACUGAGAUAUUAACCGACCGGAAAGCGAAUUUCUCAUCACUAUCUACCUUAUCUCCUGCGCCUACUCGAUGAUUACCCACUGGGCAAACUAUACCAUCAUCGUGUUGGCUCUAAGAUUGAAGACCCGCCGCCAUUACUAUCUCCCACUCAGUGGAUUUGAAGCUGCAAAAAAAUAUACCUUGCUAUCGAUCGAGAGCAAUAUUUCUCCUGCUCUAUUCCUGGCGCAUGCUCUGCAGUGAGUGCUUGCUUUCAAACAAAUCCUUACACUAUCUUUCAUCUCGGCUUUUUGUCAGUAUACUGAUGAUUACUAACAGCUGCAACUAUCGCACUACAGUCAACUAUUUUCCUUGCUCCAGCUGUGCAGCUUGAAUUCACAAUCAAUAGGAGUUGGAUCCAAUUUUCUAGGAAGAUCACUGUUCUGCAUUUAAAUCAUCCACGCACCAUCGCAGCUGCACCAUUUUGUUUUGUAUACUGUCUCUCAGCUCAUCACUUCACGCUGCCUUCUAAUUCUUCAUUGACUUUGCACGCAAUUGAAAGAUUGAAAAUCUA